GUUCCCGCGUCUAAUCUUAUUCUUAUGACGAAGACUUUCUCCAUAUUAUAGUCUUCCUCUAAUGGUGUUUCGUCAUUAUUCACCCAAUCCACCAAAUUCCCCUCAAUAUUAUUGAUCCCCAUCAAACCAUAUGGCUGAAGCCGGCGACGAGAAUCUUUACGCAGCCGCCAGAGACAUCGCUAGAGCCCUUGGCAAGGAUCCAAGCGCCGCCGGAGAUAUCUUACAGAUCCUUUCCGGAUAUAGUGGCUCCGGGAGCCUCGGCGGCGACCCUCGACCCACCGGAGUCCGCGGCGGCGCAAACCUUAACCUUGAACGGUCCCUCAACUCCUUAGAGCGACAGAUCUCUGGCUACAUCGUGGAGGAUCGGCCGAUCUGGUCCGAUCCCGUUGACUCGCGAACUUUCCUCGACGCCGUUGAUGAGCUAAUUACGAUGGCCGGAGACUUGAGAUCCGUGGCCGGAGAUAAAUCCGCCGCCGUCUGUCUCUCCCGUGCCGAUGAUCUGAUUCAACAGGUGAUGUUUAGGCUUCAGGAAGAGUUUGGAUAUGUAAUGGACCGAGCCCCUGAGUCGUUUGACUCCGACGACGACUUCUCCGGGGAAGAAGACAACGGCAGAAGCUACGGGGUCCAACAGGUAACUGUUGCACCUCCAAUCACCGAUUACAAAAUCGUGAUCGAGCCGUUGCCAUCAAGCGUUAUAGGCGAUUUAAACGCGAUUGCUGUGCGGAUGGUCGCUGGUGGUUUCGGAAAAGAGUGUUCGCGAGUGUACAGUAGUCGACGGAGAGAGUUUCUAGAGGAAAGUUUGUCGAGGUUGCAUCUGAGAGGACUAAGUAUGGAGCAAGUGCAAGAGACUCCAUGGCAAGACCUUGAAGACGAAAUCGACCGUUGGAUCAAAGCAGUCACCAUGGUGUUCCGCGUUUUCUUUCCGAGCGAGCGUCUUCUCUGCGACCGCGUUUUCUCUGAUCUCCCUGUUUCCUCUGUAACCGAUCUCUCUUUCAUGGAAGUUUGUCGUGGAACGACCACACAGAUUUUGAAUUUCGCAGACGCAAUCGCUUUAGGAAGCCGUUUGCCUGAACGCUUGUUUAAGGUUAUGGAUUUGUACGAAGCGAUGCAAGACCUAAUUCCCAAAAUGGAAACGCUAUUCUCCAAUAAAUACUGCUCGCCGCUAAGGCACGAGGCGGUCGCGAUUCAUAAACGGUUGGGAGAAGCGAUCAGAGGGAUAUUUAUGGAACUCGAGAAUCUGAUCCGUCGUGAUCCUCCCAAAACCGCGUUUCCUGGCGGUGGGAUUCACCCAAUUACACGGUAUGUGAUGAAUUAUCAGCGUGCGGCGUGUAAAUCGCGACAUUCCUUGGAGCAGAUCCUUGAUCAGACCGGGAACGAAACCGGAUCAGACACAAGACCUUUGUCGGUUCAAAUCAGAUGGGUUUUGGAGUUGUUGGAAAGUAACUUGGAAGGCAAGAAACGAACUUACCGAGACCCGUCGUUGUGUUUCUUGUUCAUGAUGAACAAUGGGAAGUAUAUUCUUGAUAAGGCCAAGGAUAACGAGCUAGGUUCGAUCCUAGGAGAAGAUUGGAUUGUGAAGCAGACAGCUAAACUGAGGCAAUACCACUCUAAUUACCAAAGGAGCUCGUGGAACCAAGUGGUGGCAUUGCUAAGGACCGAGGGUCCGUAUCCUAAGCUAAUAGAGAACCUUAGAUUGUUCAAUGUCCGGUUCGAUGAAGUGUGUCUGACGCAGUCUCAAUGGGUUGUAACUGACGAGCAAUUGAGAGAAGAAUUAAGAAGCUCCGUCGCCGGAAUUGUGGCUCCGGCGUACUUAAAUUUCAUCGCAAGAUUGAAGGCAUCGCCUGAGAUUAAUGGGAGGCGUGGAGAGCCGUUUAUUGCGUAUACUGUUGAAGAUUUGGAGAUGCGGAUUAAGAGUUUGUUCAAGGAAAGCUCAAGUUGAUUAAAUUUAAUAUGAAAAGAAAAUGCAUUAUUAAUCGAUAAAUCUGUAAAAUUGUGAAUCCUGUUAAAUUUUUUUUUUUGUUUUGGGUGAAUGUGCAGGAUCAAUCAUUGAAAAUGAAAGAGUGACAAUAUACAUCAAAGCUUAGAAUCAAUUUCAUGGA